AAACACACUGAACCCCUUCCAUUCAACUCCAAACCAACACGCAAAACCAACACCAAAAUCGCCCAUCAUGCCUCUCGUCGUUCCUGGUGUCAACUCAACUUCUGGCGACAAGGCCGAGGAGUGGCAGAACAAGCUCAUCGGCAAGAAGCUUUCUGAUGACGAGGCUUCCACCGAGACGGUGUUUGCCAAGCGAGAUCUUCCCCAGGAGACGCGCAUUAUCGAGCCCGGAAUGAUGGUUACAAAGGACUUUAAGGAAGACAGACUCAAUGUCCACCUCAAGGAUGACGGAACUGUCUCACAUGUCGUCAAGGGUUAACGCUGCUGGUGUCAAGACAACCCCUCCAUUCUUGACUUGAUGAUGGGGUAAUAAUUAAUGUACGAUAACGACUACCUACGAAUGGGAACAGGGUCCGCCCGUAGUAAUAAAGGCGCAAGAGAAUAACAGGAAUAUGAGUUUUCAACUGCCAAAAUAAAUACCAUCAUAAACUGUC